CCGGUGGGGGCGGGGCCGGUCCCGGCGCUGCCCGGUUGCAGCCAUGGCCGCUUCCCCCAGCGCCCUGCGCCGGGCCGGUAACGAGGAGUUCCGCCGCGGGCAGUACGGCCCGGCCGCCGCGCUCUACACCCGUGCCCUGGCGCUGCUGGAGGCCGCAGGAGACGCGGCCGCCCCGGAGCGCAGCGUGCUGCUGGCCAACCGUGCCGCCUGCCGCCUGAAGGAGGGAGCCUGCAGCCUCUGCGUCGCCGACUGCACCGGCGCUCUCGCCCUGGUCCCGUUCGCCCUCAAGCCCCUCCUGAGACGGGCCGCGGCCUACGAGGCCCUGGAGAGGUACCAGCUGGCCUACGUGGACUACAAGACGGCGCUGCAGGUGGACUGCUCGGUACCGGCGGCACACGACGGCGUCAACAGGAUGACUAAAGCCCUGCUGGAGCAGGAUGGCGUCAACUGGCGCCAGAAGCUCCCACCAAUCCCCACAGUCCCCAUUUCUGCCCAGACGAGGUGGAGCAUUCCCUCUGCUGCAUCCCCCGGGGCUGACACUCCUCCUGCAGCUGCACCAAGGGGAGCACCAGACCAGACUGCUGCUGGCACAGACAGAGCUCGAACUCUGAAGGAAGAAGGAAAUGAACUUGUAAAGAAAGGAAACCAUAAAAAAGCCAUUCAGAAAUACACUGAGAGUUUAAAGCUCAACCAGGAAUGUGCAGCUUACACCAACAGAGCACUCUGCUACCUGACCCUGAAGCAGUACAGGGAAGCAGUACAGGACUGCACGGAAGCUCUGGGGUUAGAUCCUAAAAAUGUUAAAGCACUCUACAGACGUGCUCAAGCACUCAAAGAACUGAAGGAUUACAAAUCAAGCAUUGCUGAUAUCGAGAGCUUGUUGAAAAUUGAACCAAAGAACACAGCUGCACUGAGAUUACUGCAGGAACUGAACAGAGCCUAGGGUAACCAAGCAAUAGGGAGAGGUUUGGUUCCCCCUGCAGAAGAAAGGUUUUUCCCUUCUGAUGUUGUUUCAGGGACCAAUCUUGAUGCAGGAUUGGCAUUGAAAUCAACCUUCCACUGCUACUAAGGUGUAACAGGUGGUUCUGUGCUAGCACAGUGAAUGUUAAGACACACAGUCUGUACCAAACUAUUAUCUGGCUCUUAAGAUCAUUCACAGUUUCAAUGCCCCUCCCUGAGAGAUGUAUCAGUCAACUUGCCUGUAACUGUUGGCCUCAGGGACCCUUAUGUUGGCUAAGAUGCAUGUGAAGUGGCUGUUCUCUUUCUGAGGAGCUACAAACAGGGUUUUUUUUUUUUGAUCUUAUUCAGGUGACAGUUUUGCUGCAUUUGUGCUGCUAUUACUUGCUAAGGUUGCUGCAGGAGCUGCUGCAGUUGCCCUGGCACCACCUACCAUCCUUGUGACAGAGACACAGCUGCUUGCACAGGGCCAGGCUUGUUACCUCUCCCACUUGAUGCAUGCUGGCCCUCAGCUGAGUUUCUGCUGCUUAGUGUAGCUGGGCAGAUGUUUGCAGCAGCAGCUUUCUUUUGGCUUUAAUUAUUCUGCACUUUUAAGAAAACAGCAGCAAGUUAAGCCUGCCUUGUCACACUGUGCCCUCCUUCUUUGAGAUUCUGGGUGCUUGGGAAUUUUACAGUUGGUUUUUGUGUUGUUUUUUUUAAAAGCCACUUUAGCUCCUCUGUGCCUUUUGGAGCAGUUGCAACAGGGUGUUACAGGGAGGAAGAUCUGCAGUCUGGCUUUCUACUUCAAUGCAUGUUUAUACUUUUUGAUCUCCUCCUUAUCUGGUAUUGAUGGCACUGACUUGAAAUGGUAAAGAGACAGUUGGACUUAUUCUGUGAACCAUUAAAACCAGUUCUCAUUAAAGCCAUGUUUAUUUUCA